AGCCAUCCUGAUCCAAACUCCGUACCAGUUGUUGGCGGUAAUGCAAACACGGUUUACCCAACCGCCAACCAAUCCUAAAGAAGACGAAGAAGAAUGCACCCGGAUGUUGAUCUCAGAAUAACAUGGCGCCGAUCGGUCGUAGAAUCAGCCGUGUCUGUGUUACGUUGACCAAGUACUAGUUAUCUCCAUCAGUCCUGCUCCACCAGAGUCCCUGGACGUCUGGAUAAAUCUCUGACGGCUCUGACAGCUUUUUUCCUGGAUAUUUUCCCUCUGAAUCACCUCCCGGUAGCAUGCAAAACUAUUAAAGUUAGCUUAGCAUGCUAGCCUGAAACGGACCGAAGUUAGCAACACGGAGAUAGUCCGAGUUUAACGGAGAGAAAACUGUUUUAAAAAAAAUUCUCGGGAGGAAACGUGUCUUUGAUUCAGAGAAGAUGUCUAAAGUCCAUGUGCUGAGAUAUUUAGUGAAGCAACGACUCGCGGAGGCUGCUGAAGAGAUAUUUGGGCUGUUUGAAAGAACGAUAGCAGAGUACGAGGAGGAAGCUUCUAGAAUAAAAGAGGACAACGAGCGACUGAAGAAACGUCUGCACCCUGUUUUAAACCCGAAAGUCCACAUAGAAAGAGAAGAUGUCCAGCAGCUCUUUGUGCCUAAAGAAGAGCAGCAGGAGGAUCCAGAGUCCCCCCACAUAAAAGAGGAACCUGAGGACCCAGAGCCCUCACACAUUAAAGAGGAACCUGAGAACCCAAAGCCUUCACACAUUAAAGAGGAACCUGAGGACCCAGAGCCCUCACACAUUAAAGAGGAACCUGAGAACCCAGAGCCCUCACACAUUAAAGAGGAGAAGCUUCAAGGGCUGGGGGAGGCUGAGAUGAAGGUGUCAUUCACGUGUGUGAACAGUGAAGGUGAUAUAGAGGAAGCUUGGUCCUCACAUCUUCAUCAGAGACAAACUGAACAGAUGGUGACAGAUGGUGAUGGAGAGGAGUUUGGAGGACCAGAACCAGACAGGAACUCAGGGUCAGAUUGUCCUCCAGAACCAGAUAGUGAUGAGAAUACUGGAGACUCUUCUGAACCUGAGACUGAGGACAGUGAUGAUUGGAGUAAGACCAAACAACCUCAGUCAGGUUUAAACUCCCAAAAUAAUAAUGACGGUUCUGUCAGUGAUUCAAGAUGUAGAACAAGUGAGAAACAUUUAAUGUGUUCUGAUUGUAAGAAAACAUUUGGUUGCAUUAAGAAGCUGAAAAGUCACAUGCGGACCCACAAAUUAGAGAAACCUUUCAGGUGUUUACAGUGCGGUAAAUGUUUCAGUAUGGGUGGAUAUCUGAGGAGACACAUGAGAUGUCACACAGGAGAAAAACCGUUCAGCUGCUCAGAGUGUGGUAGUUCUUUCACUGAAAGUGGGAGUCUGAAGAGACACAUGAGAUGUCACUCAGGGGCGAAACCUUUCAGCUGCUUAGAAUGUGGUAAAUGCUAUGUUAGAAAUGGAGAUCUGAAGUCCCACAUGAAAUGUCACACAGGGUAAAAACCUUUCAGUGGUAAAUCCAUCCAUCCAUCUUCAAACCGCUUAUCCUGCAAACAGGGUCGCGGGGGGGCUGGAGUCUAUCCCACCCUGGAUCGGUCGCCAGCCAAUCGCAGGGCUAACACAGACGAACAACCAUUCACACAUCCAAACUAAGGGCGACUUAGAGUUCCCAAUCAACCUAAUCCCUAGCACAUGUCUUUGGACUGUGGGAGGAAGCCAGACUACCCGGAGAAAAUCAAUCAAAACUUUCCUGGUAAUCACCUUUGCGCACGCAAGUUAUAAAUACCCUCUGCAGAACUAUAAAGACGGACAGAUAUUUGCAGCUACUAUUCAUGUUCACAUUUACAAACGAAUCUCAUAGACUUCCUCCCAGAAAUUCACAAGUUGUGUCUCAAUGUCACUAGGCUGCAUCCUUGUAGCGUCCAGCCUUCGGGGUAGACCCUGGGCUGGGUCCUCUAACAACUGCAUAGACUGAACCCAGCCGUCUCUGAGAUGGGAUGUCUGGCGUAUGGGGGGGAUUUAGUGUUUUUGUGUGAAUUCUGUUUUGCAUCUUACGGUGGAUAAAAAUGCCAAAAGGCCUUCAAUGCGUUCUUCUUCCUCGUUUAUAUUGUUUUAAGGUUUUUUAAGAGAUAAGUUGCUAGGAUUUAUUUUUUAUAUUCAUUGUCUUUUAAUCUGCUUUUCAAGGUGUAUAUUACAGCAAUGUUUUACUGCAUAGAUUUCUGUGAACCAUCACAUUGUGUAAAUAAUUUUGUUUUGCAUGUUAAGGUGCAGAAUUUCAGUUCAUGCAUUAACUUCUUCCUCUUGUUUAUAUUGUUUUAAUAUUUUUUAAUAUAUAAUAUUUUGGAUUUAGGUUAGAUGUUUUCCUGGUUAUUUUAAUAUUCAUUGUCUGUUAAUCUUCGUUUUGAGUACAUAUGUCUUUAUGUAUUAAGAAUGAAUACUGGAAUGAAAUCACGCUCAUUUGACAUUGCUGGGUGAGAGAUGCUUAGAAGGCAAUGAUUUCAUUUUAUUUUAUCUUUUGCAGAAUUUAAUAAAUAUUUAAAAACAAAUCAAUUGAGAGGCAUCUUUUGCCAUUUCCAAACCACACAUAUUACAUAUGGAAAAUACUAAAUUUUGGAGGUAAUAAAUCAUAGACCGCUUUUAUUUUGUAAGAUACAACGGAGUCAAAAAUGGUUAAGAUGAUACUGCACUAAUUUACAGGGACACAUGAUGAUUCUCACAAUGUAACGUUAAUGUUACAAGUGGUCUUAGGGUAUAUAUACGUGUGUGUGUGUGUGUGUGUGUAUAUAUACAGUAUAUACAGUUGUGGUCAAAAGUUUACAUACACUUGUAAAGAACACAAUGUCAUGGCUCUCUUGAGUUUCCCGUUAUUUCUACAAGUCUGAUUUUUCUGAUACAAAUUGAUUGGAACAGAUAAUUCGUCACAAAAAAGCGAAUCAUUGACUUGAACAAGUCGGGAAAGUCACUUGGAGCUGCAGGUCCCAAGAAAGAGUGUGUCUUCAUAUAUUGCUGAAUAAUAGUCUAGCGUAGUGUAAAACACUCUGCGAGCACUUAAAGGGAAAUGACCUACAUGCGUUUCAGUCGCUUCUCUCCUCUUUUUCAGCCUCUAUCUCUGCUGCAAAAAGCACUUUCUACCAAUCCAAAAUUGACCCCAAAAAAAUAUUUUCUAUCUUCACUAACCUCCUCGAACCCCCCAGUCCUCCUCCCCCUUCUACCCUUCUUCCAGGAGACUUUGUCACCUACUUUACCAAAAAAAUAGCUGACAUACGCUCCUCCUUCUCCAACCCACCUCCAUCCAACUGAAUCCCACAGACUUCACCUCCAUCGCCCUCACUUCCCUGUUUCACACACCUGUCUCCUAACAAAGUUCUUACAUUGGUAACCUCUGCCCAUCCCACCCCCUGCACCCUCGACCCCAUUCCAUCCCACGUUUUACAAUCAAUCGCCCCCGAUCUUCUUCCUUUUCCUCACCUGUCUCAUUAACAAUGCUCUGUUAUCGGUUUCCCCAACUCUCUGAAGGAGGCAAGAGUUAACCCACUCCUUAAGAAACCCACCCUCAACCCUUCUGAAGAAAACAACUACGGACCGGUAUCUCUUCUUCCCUUUCUGUCCAAAACUAUUGAACGAGCCAUCUUUAACCAACUCUCCUCCUAUCUCCACCGUAACAACCUCCUUGACCCCCAUCAGUCAGGCUUCAAGGCGCACCAUUCCACAGAAACUGCUCUCCUCGCUGUCUCAGAGCAACUCCACGCUGCUAAAGCCGCCUCUCUCUCCUCCGUCCUCAUCCUUCUGGACCUUUCUGCAGCAUUUGACACAGUAAACCACCAGAUCCUUAUCUCCGCCCUUCAGGAACUUGGUGUCACAGGUUCCGCGCUCUCUCUUCUCUCAUCCUACCUUGACAAACGCAGCUAUUGCGUAAUUUGGAGAUGAUCAGUGUCGGAACCUUGUCCUCUUACUACUGGAGUUCCUCAGGGCUCCAUCCUGGGUCCCCUCCUCUUCUCAAUUUACACCAACUCUUUUGGCUCAGUCAUUCGCUCACAUUGUUUUUUGUAUCACAGCUAUUCCGACGACACCCAACUAAUUCUCUCCUUCCCCGACUCGGACACUCAGGUGGUGGCACGGAUCUCUGGAUGUCUGACAUCUCCUAGUGAAUGAAAACUCUCCCACUCAGGACCUGACUGUUAACCUCGGCGACUCUGUGUUAACGCCCACUCUGACUGCUAGGACCCUCGGCGUGACACUUGACUCCCAACUCUCCCUGACUGCCUACAUCACAGCGACAACACGAUCCCGUAGAUACACGCUCUACAACAGCAGGAGAAUACGACCCCUUCUCACUCAGAUGGCGGCGCAGGCAAGAUUCAGGCUCUUGUAAUUUCCCGCCUUGACUACUGUAUCUCUCCUGGCAGGUCUCCCUGCUACCGCCGUUCUACCACUGCAGCUUAUCCAGAAUGCAGCAGCUCGACUGGUCUUCAACCUUCCGAAAUUCUCCCACACCACACUACUUCACCGUUCCCUC